GUUUCUGUUUCUGUUUCUGUUUCUGUUUCUGUUUCUGUUUCUGUUUUUGUUUCUGGUUCUGGUUCUGUUUCUCUUUCUAUUUCUGUCUUCGUUUUUCUUUACUUUCCUCUUUCUGUUUCUGGCUCUGUUUCUAGCUCUGAUUUUAUUUCUGUUCCUGUUUCAAGUUCUAUACCUGUUUCUGUUUCUAUUUAUGCUUUUGUUUUGAGUUCUGAUUCCGUUUCUGUUUUUGUUUCUACUGCUGUUUCUGGUUCUGUUUCUGUUUUUUUUUCUGUUUCUCUUUCUGCUUCUGAUUCUUGCUUUUUUUUGCUUGGGUUCUUUUUCUUUUCUGUUUCUGUUUCCGUUUCUGACCAGAACCAUCUGACCGUAGACAUGUAUGUUUGCAAUAAUGAAAUGUAA